AUGCACGUCCUCGGCAGCAUCGGCCACGGCUUCGGCCAGCGCCGCAAGACCCCCCAGCCCAGGAGCCUGCACAUCCGCAAGGUCUCCUUCUCGGGCUCGUCCCUCUCCUCCGGCUGCUCCUCCUCCGCCUCCUCCGCAUCCUCCUCGUCGGCGCCGUCGUCCGCCGUCACGGCCGCCUCCUCCCCCGGCGGCUUCGACCCUCUCCACCUGCAUCCCACGUUCCACCCGCCCCCGCGGCUGCACGACCGGCCCAUCCUCAGCCCCCGCAGCCGGAGCGGCUUGCCCCCCGUGCCGGCGCUGCUGGACGACGCCGGCGACGACGACGACGACGACGACGCUGAUUCUACCGACCUGGACGAGGGCUACGACGACGACGGCUCCACCGUCUUCGGCGGGCCGCCGCCGCCGCCGCCGCCGCCGCCGCCGCCGCCGCCCUACGCCCAGGACUACUUUAUGCUGCAGCUGGCCGCGAGGCCGGCCGCCCCGCGCUCCCGCUGGUCCGACUCGACCAUCCAGACCGUGGGCGACGCGGCCGACGACCUGGCGGUGCACGAGUACGGCGGCGACUGCGACGCCGCGCCGGGGGAGCGUGGGCCGCCGCCGGUGCCCAACUUUAGCCACAAGCGCGGCGUGUCGGGGUCGCGACGGCCGCCCAUGAGGUCGCUGGACAGCCUGGACGACCUGAUCAAGAAGGGGGGAUGGAAGAGGCGGGGCGUGGUGUUUACCGAGGGAGACGUCAACUCGCACGCCUCGAUAUGA